GCAUUGGGAACUGGUUGAUAUUGCAAUGGCGGCCCUGCCAGCCGAGCCCCCAGUUGAUGCCGACAAUGCCUAUCUGCGUGAGUUCGCCGCCAAGACCAUUCAGAGCUUCUUCAGGGUUACCACCGCACUGCAGACCCUUAAGGACAGAGGAGUGCACCGUCUGCACGGUCUCAAUCAUGCAAUUGCCGUUCGUUGUCUGUCUUUUUGUCUCACGACGUGCAGUCUCGCCGGCGGCAAGAUGAGCACUGUGUUAUGAAGAGGCCCUCUGAGUGCGGCAGUGGGAGCGUGAGUGUGAGCGAGGAGGAGCAGCCCAGGGCACUCAGCCCCACACCGACGCCCUUCAAGACCACCACACGCAACACCACCAGAGACAGUAAUGAUGCCGGUAGUCAGCACAUGAGCCAAUCAAUCAAUCACUGCACCAGGCCUGAGCUCGUUCCUCCAACCUGUGUGUGGCUGGCAGCUGAGUGGCGGCCGAUUCCCCCGCCCCCGACGGCUUCGUUGCCAUUGCGGGAAGGUAUCACAUCACGCAGCCACUCAUAUAUAGACAUUAUGGGGAAAGCGCUUAUGUUAUGUGUGUCUCUGUGUGUUGGUGCGGUGCAGAGAGGGUUGUGUGGCGGCCUGUUGGUGAUGCUGGUGCUGUUGGAGCUGCUGCUGGUGGAAUUGGUGAUCGCAUCACAUCGCUAUCGACGUGUGGUGCGACUGGGUCUGCUGGUCUUCCCCCACUGCCCCCCAAGAGACCUCAGUUGAUGCUGCCGCCCAUCGCUGCUGACAAGGUGGGUGGGUGGGGCGGCUGACUGGCUGCGUGUGUGUGAUCAAUCAGCUGGUCGAUGGAUGCUUUGCUGCGUGUGUGUGUUAUAAGAAUGCUCCUCUCCCUCCUGCUGCGUGUGUGGGUGUGGACAUCGCUUUGUCGCCUCCCAAUGACGCUAGAAGAAGGUACACUCAUCCAGACGUGUGUGUGUCUCAUCUGUUCUCUCUCUCUCUCUCUGUGGGGUCUGUCAGCCCUGCGCUGUGUGACCGACCGAUCAGCACCUAUCGGUCGUCGUCACCAUUCAGAUCGUACGCAUCUUACAUAGGCAUACAUAGUGCUCUUCUACUUGGAAUAUCUGUGUGUGCAUGGUGUGCUUCGCUUCAUAGCCACUCCUCCCCCUCUGUCCACGCCGGGAAGGUGGCAUCUUUUGUCCAACAGGUAAGAACAGGCAGGGCACUCACACAACACAAACACACAGCCACGCACAGCAACCCAAGUUGUGAUUUCUGUCCGUCUGUCUGUCUGUCUGUCUGUGUGUCUGCAUGCUCGUCUCGUGCAGCUGACCACGCAUCCCCGUCGGCUGCCGACGCCCCCAUAUGUGUCGCGACCUUCGUCGGCGGACCAUGUGUGUAGGACUGCACAGACAUGCAGGCAUACACAAUUGAUUAAGCAAGUGUGCUUUCCUUUAUGCCUACACACAGGAGAGCGUGCAUCUGCCCCCGAUCACGCGAGCGGCCUCCUCCGUGUCGACACGAGACGUAAGAUGAGAUGAGAUGCACACACAUACCAUACAGACAGAGAGACAACACAGAGGCACACGUAUCAUGUAACGGUACAGCAAUCGACCACCCCGUUCAUGAGCAGCCGGCUGUCUGUCAUGUCGAUUGAGCUCGAGGACAAAAGGAAGACCAUACACGCCCUGCGAAAAGUCAGUCAGUCAGUACUCACUCAGCCCGACCCGACGCACACAGAUAAAUGCCGCGUUUCUGCAGGCUCUGGACCUCUCCCGCAGACGCGAGACAGCCAUCGAGCAAGAGGUCAAUGCACGGCUGCAGGUGCGUAUGCGCCUCUUAUGAACACGAGCCGUGCGCACAGGACUCUGUGCGUGUGUGUGUGCAGGAGUCCUUCGCGAAGGAGGUGCAGCGGUAUGAGAGCACACUCGAGAGGCACCUGCGGCUCAUCGACAGGCUGCUGGCUGACAAAAAGGAGCUCACCAAACGGUCAAAAGUCGUUCGGGCCGCCCCAUAUGUCUCUUUCUGUGUAUGGGUGUGUGUGUGGGUGUCUCACUCUUUUGCAGGUGUGAGCAGUAUGCCUGUGACAUCAAGGCCAUCGAGAGGAGAUAUGAGGCCAAAAUCGAAAACAUUCAGGUACAGUCUCAAACACGCCCAUUCAUUCGCCUGAUGUGUGUGUCUUUGUGUGUGGUGCACACAAACAUACACACACAGGGGGAGUGCCAGCGGGAGCUGGACAAACAGAGACGGGGUCUCAUCCAAGCCGAGAAGGCGCGCAGAGAGGCCUGGGAGCAGCAGAAGAAGCAAGAGAUAAAGGUACACACGGCACGGCCUCCGGCCGUCUGUCUGUCUGCCCUAUCCAUCCAUUUGUGUGGGUGUGUUGUGUUUAUGGCAUGGCUGCAGCAAAUAACGAUCAAGGGCCUGGAGCCAGAGAUCGACCGGCUGAUGGACAAACACAGAAAGGAGAAGCACGAGCUCGAGAGGAAACUCGCAGACCAGCUGGAAGAGACAAAGAAGGAGGCGAGGCGCCAUAAAUGACACACAGACAGACAGACAGACAGACAUCUGCACCCCGUUGACACGAGCGUAUGUUAUGUGUGUCAUGUCACGUCGAUAUGAUGUGUGCAGCUGGCGAUUGAGUAUCAGGAGAAGGCCAAGACACUGCGCGCCAAGCUGGACAAGUUAGUUUGUGCGUAUGCUAUGCAGCCACCCCACUGUGGGGAAUGUCUGUCUGUCUGUCUGUCUGUAUGUGUCUCCUCUCUCUCCAGGGAGUACGAGGAGAGCAUAGAGGAGGAGAGGAAACACCAGAGGUGAGGUGCCCACCCACCUACAUACUCAACACCAUCACAAGCAAACAAACACCCACACACACACACCCCAUAGCAUAGCAUAGCAUAGCAAACGUAUCUAUACUUUUAGACGUCGCCUUCGCGAGCAGUUUGAGACCUUCGAGAAGCAGGUAGAAGGACAGUCUGUCUGUCGGGCAUCUAAUCUAUCUACCACCCGUUGGUGCAGCUGUCUGAGGAGCGUUCUGCUCACGCGACCGCCAUGCUGAGUGAAAGGCAGAGGUGGGAGGACUCCAUGAGAGACGAACGACGCAAAGUCGAAGACAAGAUACGGUAGAUGGGUCCGCGGGCAUUGGAUAUGCGCGCAUGUCCUUAUGUUUCUCUCUCUCUCUCUCUCUGUGUGUGUGUGUGUGCAUGUUUGUUUAGGGCCGACACGCAGCACGAGCGCAUGACGCUUGAGGCCAAGAUCGCCGAGCUGACAGAGAAGACGGAGGAGGCACAGAGGAGGCAAGCCAACGAACUCAAACAGAGAGAUAAACAGGUAAGUACCCUCACACCGACAACAUAUGCAGAGAGAGAGAGAGAGACGGACACAGAGAGAGAGGGAGAGAGAGACAAGCAAGAACAAACAAACACCUGACCUGCAGAUGGCCGCCGACCGCGACGACUGGCAGCGAGAGUUCUCGGCCAAGCUGCGGAAGGAGCACAGUGACGCCAUCGAGGAGAUGAGGGCACAGAUGGAGGAGGACAAGAAGAAGGAAAUCGCUGCCGUGAGGGAGCAGCUGAAAGAGCAGACCACGCGCAUGCAGGACAGCCACGCCAGACACCUCAGCGCUGAGGUACGGUACAUAGCCAUUGUUAUGUCUGUUUGAUAGAUAGACAGGGAGAGAAGGAGAGAAGGAUUGAUUGGCCGCACAAUGUCAUGUGUGUGUGUGUGUGUGUGUCUUCAGAUGGAUCGCGCCAAGAGAGAGUGGGCGGAGGAGAGAGCCGCCUUGCAGGAGCGAGUGCACGACACCGGGGCCAAGCUGCAGGUAUGCCAACACCUACAUACAUCCAUCUAUUCAUCCAUCCAUCUCUGUGUGUCUCCUGCCCAUAUAUAUACGUGUAUAGGCGUCAGUGCAUGACAUCAACGAGCUGAGAGAGAGGCUGGCGAAGGAAGAGGUCAGGGCACUGGAGGCCGAGAGAGAAAAGAGCACCCUUGCGGACCGGCUCAAAGUGAGUGAGAUGACACAGUACAGUCAGCACACACACAUGAUGUGUUUUGUGUGUGUGUGUGUGUGUGUCCACCGUGCAGUGUGUUGAGAGCGCCAUGUCUACGGAGCAAAGUCGGCACGCCGAAAAGCUGCAGGCUGCAAAGCAACACUUCCAAGUAGUGACCCACACACACACAUACUAGGCUAGGCGCAUCGCUCUCGUGGACACAUAGGCUGCGGAGGAGCGCCUCAAAACCGAGAUGACUGAGCUGCAGGAAUCCCUCGAGAGGGAACAGGUAAGAACACACACACACGGACACGCACUUGGACACACACACGUGUGUCAUUGUGUCGUUUGUCCACAGGAGCGUGCUGCGCGUGAAUUGGACGAGCACCGGCAGGGCUCCGCCGAGACCCUCAAACGGCUGGAGGAGAAAGUCAGGGCGGCCGUCGACGAAAAGGUACGAAUGUCUGUGUAUUUAUUGUGUCUCCAUCCAGCACUCAAUGCAAGUCAAGUUUUGAUGCAUGGUUGCAUUGCAAUGACGUGUUGCUUUGGUGGGGGGCAGGAUCAGCUCAUUGCGGAUCUCUCCGACCAGCUCAAAGCUGCUGAGAUAACAGUCAGUACUCACCUACACACACGGACGGCCACAGCACAGAACAGCACAGCACACUGACGGCUUCCUCUCUCUCUCCCUGUGUGUAUGUGUGUCUAUAUAGGAGGGUCAGCUGCGUGCCAUGCUCGAGACGCAACGAGAAGAGCUACUGGGCACCAUCAUCACCCAACCCCCACACACACGCCCACAGCCGCCCGCUCCAGCACGCAACAACCCCUACACACACGGUAAGUAAUAUCGGUUGACGCUUUUCAUGUGGUCCAUGGAUGGAAGGGGGUGUGUGUGUGUGUGUGUGGCUGCAGUGCCGCCGGUGGCGGUGGGCUCCCCUGGCCGGAGAGAGCGGGACAGACACAGACGAGGGUGAAACAAAUUGGCGUGUUGAAUGGCGUGGAUCGGAUGGCGUGUGUAUGCUCUGCUCUGCUCUGCUCUGGUGUUUCUUGG